AGUAGGCCUGGUCUCGUUCCUCUCGUUUCCCUCCCUGUUCUUCCAUCUCGAAAUCUCUGCUGCAAGUACGAUCCGUCGAGUUUCAAUCACCGCAAGGCCAUCUCCACGCUCUCUAUUCCACCUGGAUCUGGUGUCCCUCCCCCUCGUUCCAAAAUGGCGGAAUUCGUGCGUGCCCAGAUCUUCGGCACCACCUUUGAGAUCACCAGCAGAUACACAGAUUUGCAGCCUGUGGGAAUGGGUGCUUUUGGACUGGUCUGUUCGGCAAGGGAUCAAUUGACUGGACAGCCGGUUGCCGUUAAGAAGAUUAUGAAGCCUUUUAGUACCCCAGUUUUGUCCAAGAGGACAUAUCGCGAACUAAAGCUUUUGAAGCACCUACGGCAUGAAAAUAUCAUUAGCUUAAGCGAUAUCUUUAUUUCCCCGCUUGAAGAUAUCUACUUUGUGACAGAACUUCUUGGAACUGAUCUUCACCGGCUUCUUACUUCACGACCGUUGGAGAAGCAGUUUAUUCAGUAUUUCCUCUACCAGAUUUUGCGAGGACUGAAAUACGUCCAUUCGGCAGGUGUUGUCCAUCGUGACCUGAAGCCCAGCAACAUUCUUAUCAACGAAAACUGCGACCUCAAGAUUUGCGAUUUCGGCCUCGCCCGUAUUCAAGACCCUCAGAUGACAGGAUACGUAUCGACUAGAUACUACCGAGCACCAGAAAUUAUGCUCACGUGGCAAAAAUACGACGUGGAAGUAGACAUUUGGAGUGCGGCUUGUAUUUUCGCCGAAAUGUUGGAGGGAAAGCCAUUGUUCCCCGGAAAGGAUCAUGUCAAUCAGUUUUCCAUCAUCACAGAGCUCCUUGGAACUCCCCCAGAUGAUGUUAUACAGACAAUUUGCAGUGAGAACACGUUGCGGUUCGUCAAGUCAUUGCCCAAGCGCGAGCGCCAACCCCUGGCCAAUAAAUUCCGAAAUGCAGAUGCGGAUGCCGUCGAUCUUCUCGAGCGUAUGCUUGUUUUCGACCCUAAGAAGAGAAUUCGCGCUGGUGAGGCGCUUGCGCACGAAUAUCUCGCACCUUACCACGACCCCACCGACGAGCCCGAGGCAGAGGAGAAAUUCGACUGGUCGUUUAAUGAUGCAGACUUGCCCGUAGACACCUGGAAAAUUAUGAUGUAUUCGGAGAUUUUGGACUUCCACAACAUUGACCAAGGCACCGACGGAAACCAAGCUCUUGUCGAAGGAGCUGGAGAUGGCCAGACGAGUUUUCAAUGAACCUAACUCUAUUUGAUGGUGUGGAUGCGGCGCAGGUAGCAACAAGAGCAUGACGCCGAGAGCGUAUUUCCCGCCUUUAUUUUUAUUUUUAUUUUUUAUUUUUUUAUUUUUUCGUUCUUAUAUCGGUAUGUAUGUAGACUGGGUAUUCAUGAUGAGAGCUGUGAUAUUGUUGAUUUACGACCGUUUAUUCCCAACACCUGCCUCUCCCCCGAUUUUG